AUGAGGCUCCCCUCCUCCCUGGCCCGUGUGCCGGUGCCGGUCUCCUGGCUGGCCCUGGGCUCCAUGUGGGCCUCCAUGGUGGUGGUGUCACCGCUCCUGCUGGACAACCUGACCAUGGGCUUCAGCGGCGACGAGGGCAUCAGCAGCGGCCUCAUGCAGUGCGGCGAGUACAGCAACGAGGUGAUGCCCAACGGCCAGUGCCGCCUCACCGCCACCCUGCCCCAGAUGGCGGAGCAGCGCUGCCCGGACAUGUUCCGCUGCACCGACGAGGUCUCCUAUUGGCUGCACGAGAACGAGGAGCGCAAGCAGCAGGUGCAGGACCUGAAGGAGAUCAUCUCCGAGCUGCUGGAGGAGCUGCGAAGCCACCGCCAUCGCAUCAAGGUUCUGGAGAUGCAGCACCAGGCGCGAACAGGCUGGAACUCCUCUCUGGAGCACCGCUUCCAUUUCCUUGAAGAGAGCUACGCAGAGUCUACACAACUGUUGAGGGUACACGGCCCCCUCAUCUACAACAUGCAGCGGCAGGUGAGUAACCUCUCCAUGGUGGUGGAGCGGGUGCGGCGUAACCCCGGCUGCAUGAUCAACAUAGUGCGUACCAGCCCCCUGCUCAACGCCAACGAAGUGCUGCACCCAGAGGUGCAGCACAUAAGGAACUGCCCCAUCGACUGUGCCUCUCUUUACUACAGUGGAGUCCACCGCUCCGGAGUCUUCACCAUCGUCCCCUCACGAGGAGGCUCACCCCUGGAGGUCUACUGCAACAUGGAGACUGAAGGUGGUGGGUGGACGGUGAUCCAGCGGAGGCAGGAUGGGAGGGUGAACUUCAACCGCAAAUGGAGCGAGUACAAGGAGGGCUUCGGGGACCUGCACACGGAGUUCUGGCUGGGGAACGACCACAUCCAUGACCUCUCCAACCAGGGGGCCUACUCACUGCGCAUCGACCUGGAGGACUGGAAUGGCAAGCACAAGCAUGCAUACUACGACACAUUCAAGACGGAGGAUGAGGACCACCAGUACCGCUUGCAUGUGACGGGCUUCAGUGGCACCAUAGAGGACUCCUUCGCCUGGUACCACAACAAGCAGAGCUUCGCAACACCCGACACGGGCAACAUCUGUGCUGAGAUCUCCCACGGGGGGUGGUGGUAUAACCAAUGCUUCUUCGCCAACUUAAAUGGAGUUUAUUACAAGGGGGGGCGCUACUCUGCCAAAAGCAAGAAUCUGCUGGGCCCCGACGGCAUCGUGUGGUACACCUGGAAGGACACAGACUACUACUCCCUGAAGAAGGUGAGCAUGAUGAUUCGCCCACGGACAUUCAGGCCACGCCUCUCUCCAUGAUGGCAUGCAUGGAAGACAUAGUGCUCACCAUGGGUUGCGGCGGCUGUGACGUCACAGCUUGUGUGCUGACGCUGCGUUUAAAGCAACCACCUGCCA